AACACCCCCUCAUCUUACACACAAUAUAUAUACCCUCAAAACCCUCACAUCACCACUUUCUCUCCAUUUGCAUAAACUUUCUCGCCGCCGUAACCUAGCGGUGAUCUGCCGUUCUCCGGUCGUACUCCGACCAAUCUAUCCCUAUCUACUACCCUACCCUCUCCUCCUUCUAUAUCCAUUUCAAAAACAAAACAAAUAUCAAUCAUCCACAAAAAAGCCCAAAAAAAUCCUAGGGUUUCUGCUGUUUCGACUCGAAUUUAUCUAAUUUCCCUUCUAUAUAUCAAUAAGAAGGGGAGAGGGAGGCUACAAAAGCAAAAAAAAAGUGAAAAAUUUCGAAAAAAAGGAAAAUCUGUUAGGGUUUUGAGAUGGCGGCGCAGGUUAGUCAAGCUCAGGCGGUUAACGGUGGUGGUGGUGCUCAGCAGGUUGUGACGGUGUCGUUGUAUGUGGGGGAUUUGGAUUUGAGUGUUACGGAUUCGCAGUUGUAUGAUUUGUUUAAUCAGAUAGGGCAGGUGGUUUCGGUUAGGGUUUGUAGGGAUUUGUCUACUCGACGCUCUCUUGGUUAUGCUUACGUCAACUAUGUCAAUCCACAAGAUGCUGCAAGAGCUAUUGAGGUGCUGAACUUCACGCCUGUUAAUGGGAAGUCGAUCAGGAUUAUGUAUUCUCAUCGCGAUCCCAGUGUGCGCAAAAGUGGUUCUGGAAAUAUUUUUAUCAAGAAUUUGGACAAGGCAAUUGACCAAAAGGCACUACACGAUACCUUUUCCACAUUCGGGAAUAUUCUCUCUUGCAAGAUAGCUACCGAUUCAACCGGUCAGUCAAAGGGCUACGGGUUUGUGCAGUACGACAGUGAGGAAUCCGCACAACAAGCUAUUGAGAAACUCAACGGCAUGCUUCUGAACGACAAACAAGUGUACGUGGGUCCCUUCUUGCGCAAGCAAGAAAGAGAACAGGCUGUUGACAAGGCCAAAUUCACUAACGUCUUUGUUAAAAACCUUUCUGAAUCAACAACUGAUGACGAUUUAACCAAGGCGUUCAGUGAAUAUGGAACAAUCACGAGUGCUGUUGUAAUGAAGGAUGCAGAUGGGAAGUCGAAAGGUUUUGGUUUCGUUAACUUUGAGAAUGCUGAUGAUGCUGCAAAAGCGGUAGAGGGUCUUAACGGGCAGAAGUUUGAUGAGAAAGAAUGGUAUGUUGGAAAAGCGCAAAAAAAGACUGAUAGGGAACAGGAACUAAAACAAAAGUUUGAGCAAAACAUGAAAGAAGCGGUAGACAAAUCACAGGGGCUUAACCUGUAUAUUAAGAAUUUAGAUGAUACUGUAUCCGAUGAAACUCUCAGGGAACUGUUUGCACCUUUUGGUACCAUUACUUCUUGCAAGGUCAUGCGAGAUCCUAAUGGAGCUAGCAAAGGAUCCGGUUUUGUUUCAUUCUCGACUUCUGAAGAAGCUUCGAAAGCACUUUCUGAGAUGAACAGCAAGAUGGUUGCUAGCAAGCCUCUGUAUGUUGCACUCGCACAACGCAAAGAAGACAGAAGGGCACGAUUGCAGGCACAGUUUUCGCAAAUGCGCCCAAUUGCAAUGGGACCCGCUGGAGCUCCUCGCAUGCCAAUGUUCCCACCUGGUGGUCACGGUCUUGGUCAACAAAUGUUUUAUGGUCAAGCUCAACCUACCUUCAUCCCGCCACAACCUGGUUUUGGGUACCAGCAGCAACUUGUUCCAGGUAUGAGGCCGGGUGGGGGCCCAUUGCCAAACUUUUUCAUGCCAAUGGUUCCGCCAGGUCAGCAGGGACCGCGUCCAGGGGGAAGGCGUGUUGGUGUUCCCGGUCAGCAGAAUCAGCAACAGCCAGUUCCUCUUAUGCAGCCACAGAUGAUGCCACGUGGGCGGGUGUAUCGUUACCCGCCUGGGCGCAACAUUGGUGAUAUGGGUUCUGUUCCAUAUGAUGUUGGGAACGCGAUGCAGUUGCGUGAUGCUGGUGGAAUCCCGUCGCAGCCAAUUCCGAUUGGUGCCUUAGCUUCUGCACUUGCAAAUGCUUCCCCAACAGAGCAAAGAACCAUGUUGGGUGAGAAUCUGUACCCACUAGUGGAACAGCUGGAACCAGAGUCAGCAGCAAAGGUAACUGGAAUGCUUUUGGAGAUGGAUCAGACGGAGGUUCUUCACUUGCUGGAAUCACCGGAAGCAUUGAAGGCGAAGGUUGCAGAGGCAAUGGAGGUCCUCAAGAGUGUGUCUCAGCAGCAGGGCAGCCCUGCUGAUCAACUUGCUGCUUUGUCUUUGAAUGACGGCAUUGUUUCCUAAAUUUUAAGCUUAUCAAGGUGUGUGGUUACUCAGAUUAUGCUGCUGGGGUUUUGGUUUUAGUUGGAUUAUGUGGUUUUGAAGAUUGUUGAACUAUGUUUUACUGUUAUGUUUCGUUUGAAACCAUUACUUAUUUCAUGUGCGACUUUGUUACUGUCU